AUGCAGCAGUUGUACUUCACAGAAGAUAGGAGACACCAACAUCAGGACCUAGAGACCUUCAAGAACAGCGCUAUGGGCCUUCGAUUCAGUAAAGAAAUCAAUGCUCGUAUGCAAGUGAGAUCUCAACAGAUGGAAUUACAUGGGCAUCACCCAUCAGCAUCUCACCAUGAUCCUUCAGAUAGGCAUCGAAGUCGAACGGACCCGAUACAGAGUGGACGAAGCCUUCACGACCGACCAGUGACAGGCGACCAAGGAUUCCAGGGACAUCGCUCAAACGGUAUGCGCAGUCGGGGCAAUCCUUCCCUGAGUCACGAGACGGUCAGCAGCAGCAGCAGCGUAGUCUACAACAAGGCGGCCAGAAGGAGCGUGAAUGAUAGGAACAUGGUCUCUUUAGGCAGAUCGAGAAACGGGAGUAUGCCGUCUGAUGUGUACGUAGCUAACGGUUUUAACGACACACGUCUUUAAAACUGGGUUCUGUACAAGCCCAUCAAAUCAAUAUCCCUACCAAAAUUGUAUCACAGGAGAGACCUUUCGGACUGAUUGCAAAAUUCCUGAAUCCGGCUGUAACUUUCUGGGAUAGUUGUAUGAUUUUGAUUCAUGUACUUUAGGGAUGCGCUGAACAAUACUGGAAACCUUUCAUUUUUAAUUGAUGUUUUGUACAAGAAACGAUAUUUAUACCCGCCUUUUAAUUAAGCCUAGAUAUUCGCAAUUGUUUCUUUUUUUAAAGAUUAUGUUCAUCAUACAUACAUAUCUAUUUUUUUUAAACUAGUUUUUAUUUCGUAAUGCAGAUAUUAUAAUAAAUAUUUUACUGCGUGUAUACUAAGUUGUUCAAAUGUAUUCUAUUUGUGCACAGAAUAUUUUUUUAACAUGAAUUUGUAUUUUCUUUUGUUUACAUUAAGCUAUCUUUGUAUAAUGGAUGUUUAUGCUCUUCCUACUCUGCUACUGUACUGUUACUUGAUACCAAUGUGGAUAUCUCUUGAUUUAGUCUGUUUUACUUCAGUUUUGUGUAAAUCCAUAUUUAUGGUGAAUGUGUAUUUAUUUUAGCAUAAAAAUGAAUAACAAAACGAACACUACAAUAGUGUGCUCUGGUACACGUCAAGACUUACAUCAAAAUCAGAUUAAAGCGUUGAUAACAUUACAAUAAAAAGAACUGACAUAUAAAUCAUAUCGUCAAGUAGUGGAGAGACAGAUGGGGGCAAUGGCUAACCGGUUUAUUCAUGUUUCCUUCAAAAUCAAGACAAGUGAAUAAAAACCGACUAUUCCAACGUAAUCCAUCAUCUAAAUUUGACUUGAAGGAUUUUGCGAGGAGGCAGAAGAAAUGCUUUCAGGUUCGAGCAAGUGCCGCAUCAAGGUAAUUCCAUUAUAUGCAUCACAUCAGACAGGUGAACAAAAUUCCUUUUUAGGCUAAUAAGGAGUGCCAUUUGUCUGCCGCCCCGGAAUUCGGUAACUUUUCAAUCUGAAAUGUUAUUUAAUCUAUACAAAGAAAGACUUACAAUCGAUACUUGAUAUAAGUUUUGUAUCAGGUUCUGGCUAACAACGUAAUUCAUUGUUCCUUCAUAUUAGUGGUAGGAUAAGUAAAUUGUAUGUUUUAGGAUUAGAAGAACAAAAAUGCAUAGUAGACAUUUGAGUUGUAAUUUUAACCUAUAUUCAGGUAUUUUGUAUUUCUUCUACAUAUACAUGUUUUUACACAGGCACUUUUUCAUCCAUGCAUAAAUUAAAUAGAAAUAUAAUAAACUGUAUAAGCAACGAAGCUUUAAAAAUACCAUACAGUGGUAAGUGGUACAUUUGGUUGAUAUGUCAAUAGACAAAUACAUUAUAGUGAGGCAAUGGUGCAUAGUUGCAUAAGCUAAUGUAAGCUAACAGAAAGUCUGGUAGUCAAAUGGUAUCCUAUCAGAAUUACGUAUUGUUUUUAUCACGGCCUUUUUCUUGUCUAGGCAAAAUAAGAAGAACAUGUGAUAUCGGACUACGAAGUUUUCGAUGUACCAAGCUGGAUUAAUUAUAUAAACAUAAUAAAUAUUUUCGUAUGCAUCAAUAAAGAAUCGAGAAAAUUGAUUAUAGUUUUAUGUCUACCUUUCA